UUUUUGUUAUGUCAUGAGACAGAAAAAGAGGAAAAAUAACUAAAAAGGCCAAAACAAAAGUGAAAACAGAACUCGUCUCCCAGCUGCUACAGGAAGAGCAAUUUUUCUCUUUGCUCCUCCUCUCGUUUUAUCAAUGUUCGUAUCGCCACCAUUCCUCCGCCGGUUCUCCACCCAAAGCAACCACCUUGUCGGCCAAGUGCUGGGGGCGAUUAUCCAAAACAGACCUUUCAAUGCCAUCUCUCCGCCGCACCACAAUUUCAUUUGGACUUCAGAAACUGUCAUUCAAGUCCUAAGAUCAAUCCCUUUAUACCUCUUUCAAUCCCCAAGAUCCAUUGGUCGUCAAAGAUCCUUCCGCCAUCGCUCUCCACUCAAGCAGAGAAACCUCAAACAAGAAACAAUUAAAUAUCAAAAGGGUUCUCUGAUUCUUGGCCCUGCAGCUCAUAGAGACCCCAAAAGAUUGAAUCUUGGACUCGAAAAAGCACUUGAGUUCUACUAUUGGGUCGAAACGAAUUUUGGGUUUCAACACAACGAGCAGACCUGUAAAGAGAUGGCUCUCGUUUUAGUCAAGGGUAAUAGAAUGAAUUUAUUCUGGGAUUUCUUGAAGAAUAUGUCGAGAAGGUAUGAAAAAUGCAAUCUUGUGACCACUGCUACUAUGACUUGCUUGAUUAAGGCUCUGGGAGAGGAGGGUUUGGUGAAUGAAGCAUUGGCUGCAUUUUAUAGGAUGAAGCAGUUUCACUGCAAGCCUGAUGUUUGUGCUUAUAAUAAUGUGAUUUACGCGCUUUGUAGAGUUGGGUUUUUCAAGAAAGCUAAGUUCUUGUUCGACCAAAUGGAGUUGCCGGGGUUUAGAUGCCCACCGGACGUGUUUACUUACACAAUUUUGAUUAGUUCUUAUUGUAGGUACGCAUUGGAGACUGGUUCUAGGAAGGCCAUCAGGAGACGGCUGUGGGAGGCAAAUCAUUUGUUCCGGCUAAUGCUUUUCAAAGGGUUUGUUCCGGAUGUGGUGACUUAUAAUUGUUUGAUCAAUGGUUGUUGCAAGACUAAUAGGAUCGGGAGGGCAUUGGAGUUGUUUGAUGAUAUGGCUAAAAGGGGAUGUAUACCCAAUAAAAUUACUUAUAAUUCAUUCAUUAGGUACUAUAGCGCCGUCAAUGAGGUUGACAAGGCUAUUGAGAUGUUGAAGAAGAUGCAAGAGAGGAGUCAUGGGGUGCCCACUUCGAGUUCUUAUACCCCGAUAAUUCAUGCCCUCUGUGAAGUGGGAAGAGUAGCAGAGGCAAGGGAUUUUCUGGUGGAGUUGGUUGUGGGAGGAUCAGUUCCUAGAGAGUAUACUUAUAAAAAACUUGUGUAGGGACAUUGAAGGCGCUAUUGGGAGUCGGAUUAGUCAAGUAAUGAAGGUGAAACCAACCAUGAGACUAGAUAAGUGUGGGGGGGGUGGUUGAAGUUGAAUAUCAGUCUCUGAGGCAUGCAGUUGGCUUUUAAGACAUCAACCACUCAGUCAUAUGAUUAGAAGAGCUUUAACAUAUUGUAAAUAUCCUCCAUUAAAGGUGCGGCCAUGAGGUUCAACCAAUUAGGUUUUAUGAUUAAUCAAAUGUGUCAGGACUAGAAUCAAGAUUCAAAUGAACGGGAUUCGGCAAAACAGUGGGUCACAGAAGACGAAAAAGAAAGUUCCAGAGAUGUGAGAAAAGAGCUCUGAAAGAGAAAGGAAGGUUUGUUUCCACUUCAGGUGUCGAUGAAGGAAAGGAUCAAGCCAUUUGAAGAGAUGUGUCGGAAACCAUACAUCCGGCUACGCAGGAGAAGUGAUGCACUUGAAGAAACCAUAAAACUUGUACACUCCUUGCUGCUUGUGGUUAUAGGCAGUGGUUCCCUGAUGUUGGAGAAAAUUCAUUUUUUUUUUCUUUUCAGUUACAAUAUGUAAACUAUUUGACUCUAAUCUUAGUUUAAUGAGAUGUUGAAGUUGAUUGUGCAACUACUUUUUUUUAUCAAUUUGUAAUAGAA